GAUGCUGCAGAUUUGCGCGGGAGGGGCGAUGCCGUGACGUCACGGGGGGAGAGCCGAGGAGAGAUGAGAGAACAGGGGAAGACCGGAGGAGCACGAUAAAAGCUGAGAAAUGAUUGCGCCAGAAAAGACGAAAAAGGACGAAACGUUAAACAGCAGCGUCAACAUGAUGUGCCGUUCCGUCUGCUGUUUGCAAACCAGUAAUGCAUGAAGAGCAUCCCAGAUAAAGUGUGAUCAGAAUGUUAUCUCCUGGAAUGGGCACCUCGAGCGACCCCCUGUUGUCCAGUCCUGUAGGGGGGAAGUUCGGGAUUGCCCAGGAUGGCACUUGGAGACCCACUCUGUCCAAGACGUCCAGUUUCCCAUCAUCCACCACACGGCACCUCAGUCACAGAGCCAACAACUUCCAGAGGCACCCGAAGAGACGGAAACUGAUCAGACCAUCUCCGCCACCGCCACCAAACACUCCGUGCCCCCUGGAACAGCUCGACCUGAGUGAGCUGCCUCCGAGACGCACUUUCCCCGAGCUUCUCUUCAACGGCUGUAUUUUGUUUGGUAUCGAGUUCAGCUACGCGAUGGAGACGGCGUAUGUUACUCCUGUGUUACUUCAGAUGGGGCUGCCCGAUCAGUUCUACAGUCUUGUGUGGUUCAUCAGUCCAAUUUUAGGAUUUCUACUGCAACCAAUUCUUGGGGCAUGGAGUGACCGAUGUACGUCUCGCUUUGGCCGCAGGAGACCUUUUAUUUUUGCCCUGGCGAUAGGGGCUCUGAUGGGUCUAACACUGGUGCUGAAUGGAAGGGACAUUGGAUCAGCUCUGGCAGACACAACCCUUGAUCACAAGUGGGGCAUCGUGCUGACGGUGUGUGGCGUGGUUCUGAUGGACUUCAGUGCGGACUCAGCUGACAACCCCAGUCAUGCGUACAUGAUGGAUGUGUGUAGCCCAGAGGACCAAGACCGAGGUCUAAAUAUACAUGCUCUUCUGGCAGGCCUUGGAGGUGGGUUUGGUUACAUUGUGGGUGGCAUUAACUGGGACAAAACUGAGUUCGGAAGGUCAAUGGGUGGCCAGCUCCGGGUCAUAUACCUGUUCACCAGUAUCACCCUCGCCGCCACCACGGCCAUGACCCUCACGAGUAUUCCUGAGCGACCUCUACCCCAAUCCCAGCCUCAAACGAGAAGCGGCCAAAACCUCAAAAGCCCCAGCCUUCCUCUGCCACCCUCCCCACCGCCACCUACUGGAGCUGCUGCAGACCAGGACGAUGAAGACGAGGAGGAAGCCCUAUAUAACAGCCAGUUCUCCAACUGCCACUACCAGGAUCCAGUGGGUCGCUCAAGCAGUGCCAACGCACGUCUCUACGCAGGCCUCACCAGCCCCAUCUCCCCUAUCAGUCCUCUGACACCCAAAUACGGCAGCUUCAUCAGUCGGGAUAACUCGCUCACAGGCAUUAAUGAGUUUGCUUCCUCUUUAGGCACCUCCUACAUAGACAGAGUAUUGAUUGAAUGCUACACCGGACAGCAGACUCCUCAGCCAUUAGAACCGGAGGCGGUGGCUCUGCCUCUGCCACCAGGAGACACGCCCCCUCCUCAAGGGCAAAGUGAAACGCCUGGUGAAAAUGAAGUUGCACAGCAAAACAAACUCUUACAGCCUAACGGAGAGUUGCUGGCGACUGAAGCGUUGCAAGCUAAUGAGCAAAAGCAAGCCAUUGAACCUGCCGACCAGCCUAAUGAGGCCGUGGCGGGGUCACAGAGAGGCAGUACCUCAGGGAUACUGAAGCGUCCCCAGAGUCUGGCCUUAAUGGAGGACCCGCUAAUUGUUCCAAGUGGUGGCUUGGACAACGGUCGUAGACGCACUGUCACAUUCAGUCAACAGGUGGCAAACAUAUUGCUGAAUGGAAUGCGCUAUGACAGUGACCUCAGUGGCAGCCAUGAAGGAGCAGACUCUCAAAUGUCAAUCAAGCUGCUCUGUACCGCCAUCUGCAGGAUGCCUCCAUGUUUACGAAGCCUGUGCACCAACCAUUUCCUGGGUUGGUUAUCGUUUGAGGGGAUGCUGCUCUUCUACACUGACUUCAUGGGGGAGGUUGUGUUUGGUGGAGACCCAAAGGCUCACCACGAUUCAGAGGAGUACAAGCGCUACAAUUCUGGCGUCACCAUGGGCUGCUGGGGGAUGUGCAUCUAUGCAUUUAGUGCUGCUUUUUAUUCAGCCAUUCUUGAGAAGCUGGAGGAGCGCUUCUCAUUGCGUUCACUGUAUUUUUUUGCCUAUCUGGCCUUUGGUUUGGGCACAGGGCUGGCCACUCUCUCCACCAACCUGUAUGUGCUGCUGUCUCUCUGCGUCACCUACGGAGUUCUCUUCUCUUCUCUCUGUACGCUGCCUUACUCUCUGCUCUGUGAAUACUACCAGAGCCCACAGUUCUGCGGCUCAUCAGAGAACGGGACCAGGCGAGGAAUGGGGGUAGACAUCUCCCUGCUCAGCUGUCAGUACUUCCUGGCACAAAUCCUGGUUUCUGUGGCGAUGGGCCCACUGACAACGCUGGUGGGUGGGGCCCAGGGCGUGAUGUACUUUUCGAGUCUGAUGUCAUUUGUGGGGUGCCUGUACUCCUCACUGUGUGUGGUGUACCAUCUGCCAGCACCCGAGGGUGAGCCUCCCCAGAGUGAGACCCAGCCACUACUGGUGCACAUUUAGAUCUGUUCUCUCACACCGAACACACACACCGGGUCCAAAAUUAACACUCCAUCAGCACCACAUGAGUUACCAGACAGUUGUUUGGUAGCUUUCUUGAUUUGCAACAUAAUGUAAAUCAUGAUGUAAGAACGAUAGUCUAAAGCUCUUUGAUAUCCAAGAAUCAAAGCAGAGAAAUUCCAACAGUCCUCUAAAUAAAAGAUCAGUGACUGUUGUGCAUCUUCAAACAACUUAUACUCUAGUGGAAAACUUGCUGUCAGAUGUUUAUAGGAAGCCAAUUUUUUUUUUGAUUGACUUCAGUACACUAUAGACAACACUACAGACAAAUUUCACCAAUUUUUUUUUUUUUUUUUGAGGAACAGAACCAUGAACAGUUUUCAUAUAUGACACAAAUAUGUAAGGGAUAAAGGGAUAAUCUUUUUUCAAAAGUACAAAAUAUACAUACAUUAGGGUCCUUUAGUCUGAGACCACACUGAAAUUUUUUAAAAAUUUUUUUUUUUUUUUUUUUUUUACACAAAAAUAAAAAUAAAGUUUUAAGAUUUAGAACACAUACAUACAGUAUAUAUUCUGUAUAUACAUACAGUAAUUAUGUCAUUUUCUAAUCAUCCUGAUAAACAUAAUCAUCUGGUUUUGUUUAAAUCAUAUGGAAGCCUAUUUCCGCCAUAUAAGGGGAAAAAAAAGUCAUGCUAUGGUAAAUCAUAUCAUGUAAUCAAAUUAUGAAAAAAAAGUCAAAAUUCUAACAGAAUUAUGACAUUCGAAAAUAUGAAAUAAAAAAUCGAAAUUGACAGGUUACAAUUAUGACUUAAAAAGUUGCAACUAUGACAAAAAGUUGAAAAUAUGAGUCAAAAUGAUUUAAAAAGUCAUAAUUAUGAGAUGAAAAAGUCGAAAUUGACAUACUUAAAAAGUCAAAAUUGACAUAAAAAGUUGAAAAUAUGACAUACCAAGUUGAAACUGACUUAAAGUCAUAAUUAUGAGAUAAAAAGUCAUAACUGACAUCUUUAGUUGAAAUUAUUACUUUAAAAAUUCUAAAUUAUGACAAAAAGUCAAAAAUGACAUACUAAGUCGAAAUUAUGCUUAACAAUUUUAAAUUAUGACAUACUAUGUCGAAAUUAUGACUUAAGUAAUGAUUAUGAGAAAAGGUUGAAAUUGACAUGCUUGGUCGAAAUUAUGAUUAAAAUUGAAAUUAUGACAUAAAAAUCGAAAUUAUGACUUAAAAAGUCAAAAUUAUGACAAAAAGUUGAAAUGAUUACAUGACAUAACUUUGACUUUUUAAGUCAUAAUUUCACCUAUUGUCAUAAUUUUGUGUUUUCAUCUUAUGAUUUACCAAAGCAUGAUUUUUUCCCCAUAAAAUAAUCUUAUGUGCAGCUGUCAGCUGUCAAUAAACAAACCAAAUACAGUUUACUAUGUAAAUAUUUCAGAUAAAUCUCACUCAAAUUUUGCUAAUUGUUUAAAUUAGAAAAGAAUGCAAAAACAAUACAGACUUUUAGACCUACUGUUGUAUAUAAACUGUGCAAAAAUAGUCAACAGCCGUUGGCAAACAUGGUAAAAAGUUAAUUUUGGACCCCGUCCACACAAACAAACCGCUCAGACUCUUUGAGCUUGCUUCAGAUAAACCUUCCUCACUUUACGCAGUCCUGGAGAUGUGAGAGAGGGUAAAAGAGCUGCGUUUUUUGACUAUGCAUCUCACUCAGAUCUCUUAACGUAAGCAUGCUGCAAACAGUGACUGCAUGAAGGCAAGCUUGUGUAGUGUGUGUAUGAGAGAAAGUCUGUUUGUGAACAUGUGAUGUCUGACUACUUUCAUCUGGCGUGUACAUAUGUCAAAUGUUUUUUUUUUUUACUGUCAAUUCCUCGUAACGGAGGAAGCCAAAACUGUUUAUAGCUCUCUGAGCUCUCUUUAUAUUGUUUUUGGUCAGCUAAUUGUUAAAGUUCAUUGCUUUUAAUAAAAGUAAACCCCUCUCACAUGUCCAAAGCAAUGUAUCCUGUCAACAUGAACUGUUUGAAGAUGUCACCUGUCGGUUUGUUUGCAUGUAAAGCCGCAUUGAUGCCUUACUGUAGGCCUCUGUUUCAAACUGUAUGACAGUAAAACAGAGAAUGUCUGUGUCUCUAUUGA